GGGGGGGCGGGAAGACUACAAAUACCAGUGCGCCAGCCUCUACAGAGGAGCAAGAUAAAGUACAGCACAUCGACCAGUCGGCAGAAGGGCUAUUCGUGCCUGGUGGCUUGUUUGUGGUUGUUGAUAGGAGAUCUUAACGAGGAGUACGGCCGCGAAGGGGAAAGGAGCCACUGGAGCCAUCAUGCAAGGAGGCUUCCACACACACCUGUUGGCCACACUGUCCCUGCUGCUCCUCACACAGGUUCACGCCAAAGUGCCGUGUGGGAACUCUUCUCUGACUCUUCCGAGCUGGGGAGCACAGUCAGAAUAUCUUGCACAAUGUGUGCUCCACAGCGACUCAGGUCCAUUAUGUGAUUGGACUACGGCUCAGAGAGUGUCAGGAGGUGUAGCAUUGACCUUCUUAGAAAGCCCGGCCUUGAGCCUGGAAGGAGAGGCCUGUCUGGAGUUCUGGUACCAGAUGGCCCCGACGGCAUCAGAGAGCUUGGAACUGAGAGUCCUGCUGAAGGAGAACACACAAGGUCUGCUCCAAAUAUGGACCACACCUGGGCAGCAGAACGGUGGUGCUUGGAGACACGUUUCUCUCCCUUUGGCCGCCACAAAGGCAUCCACACAGGUUGUAUUUGAAGCUGAUCAGGAAUCAGGAGUUUCCUUUGACCAUAUAGGGAUAAGGAACGGACAGUGUGGGAGACAGUGUGAGCCCAACACAGACCUGUGGACAGACAAGUCGACCCGCUGUGUGUGUUCGGCUGCCGAGCAGCUCUCCUGCUCUACCCCCCUGUGCCCGGGCGGUCAGACGAGCGACCGGCCCAGCGAGAGAUCCGCUAAAGGCGUCAUGGUCGGUCGAGGGAUCUGCACCAUCCACACCGACCCACAAUGCAGCACCUUCGACGGGGCCCUCUUCCGCUUCAUGGCCCCCUGCACUUACAUCCUGGCCAAGACCUGCGUGCCCAUCAGGGGUCUUCCCGUGUUCAGCGUGGAGGUGGUCAACACCCAGGAUGCGAUCAACGCAUCCGAGGCGACGGUGGAGCGGAUCAACGUGGAAGUGAAUAACGUCAGGCUGUCCCUGCUGAAGAGGGAGACUAAGAGGGUCAUGGUCAACGGUGUGUGGCGGAGCCUCCCCCUCACCAUCCUUGGAGCCACGGUCAAAAUCCGUAACAACCCUGCCGUCGUCACCGUGGAGACGGACGACCGAGUCCUCAUCUCGUACGACAACGCCGGCGCCGUCCACUUGAAACUCCCUUCGGCGUACGCCGGCAAAGUGUGUGGGAUGUGCGGCAACUUCAACAGCCUCGGGGAGGACGACAACCGGAGGCCCGACGGGUCGGCGGCCCGCGACGCCACGGACCUGGCGCUGAGCUGGCAGACGGGGGCGCACGCCGGCCCCUGUGACGCCGUGCUGGUGCCCCACGUGUGUGACCCCCUGGAGGAGCUCUCGUACGGCAGCAGGCAGUUCUGCGGGGAGCUUCUGUCCACGACGGGGCCCUUCUCCCGCUGCCUCCCCGUCCUGGGCGUGGAGAGCUACUACCGGAGCUGCGUGGCCGGGAUGUGCGUCAGUCACGGCGACCUGGACGCCAUGUGCCACACCAUGCAGUCAUACGCCAAGAUCUGCUACGACGCGGGGGUCGCCGUGCCGGCCUGGAGGAAUGGCACCACUUGCACCCUGGAGUGCGGCGCCAACAGUCACUACGAGGCCUGUGCUGACCGCUGCCUCGAUGGGUGCUCCAGCAUGGACCUGGCUGGCACCUGCGGACCCUGUGAGGAGAGGUGCGUGUGCGACAAGGGGUACAAGCUCAGCGGAGGGGUGUGCGUACUGGCUGAGAACUGCGGCUGCUGGAACGACGGGCGUCAUUAUGAGAAAGGAGCAGUGUUCGUCCACGGAGGUUGCACCCAGAGGUGUCAGUGCCUGGGCAACGGACAGACCCUGUGCUCCGCCUGGGGCUGCUCAGGGAGUCAGGUCUGCAAGGACAAGGACGGGGUCAAGGGCUGUUUCACGCCUGAAACAGUCACCUGCAGCAUGUACGGUGACCCGCACUACAUCACCUACGACGGCAAGGCCUACGACUUCCAGGGUGGCUGCAAUUACACGCUGGCCACCACGUGCGGAGAGAAGACCCCGGUGCGGUUCACUGUGACCGGGCGCAACGCAAACCCCACCGACCAGAACCUCACCCGGUCCAAGCUGGAAACCGUGGUCCUGCAGAUCCAAGAGCUGCACCUCACCUUGCAGCAGAACAGAAAAGUCUAUGUGCACAACAAUCAGGUCCGUCUCCCUUACACCGUCGAUGGUUCCUACGGCUUGCUGAAAGUCACCAGGCAGAGACAAUUUGUGGUGGUGGAGACGGGCGUUGGCCUGAGGGUGAUGAUCGAUGGGCAGAACAGGCUCUUCCUGCAGGUGGACGAGCGCUACAAGGGCCAGCUGUGUGGCAUGUGCGGGACCUACUCCGACUGGCAGGGGGACGACUUUGUGAGGCCAGACUGGUCCAACGCCACCGGGGCCUUUGACUUUGGCAACAGCUGGAGAGUGAUGGAGGACUCCAGCCCUUGCAUCGCCCUUCCGGAUGAUCCAAAAGUCUGUGACGAGCAAGGUGACGAGCAGGCCGUCAGUGAUUGCAGUGCUAUUCUCGAUGACUCCUUCAGCGCCUGCCACAAGCCUGUGCACCCGUUGAAAUACGUCUCCAGCUGCGUGUACGAUCAUUGCGCCACCAGCGGCGACCUUCACACCCUGUGUGACUCGCUGGAGUCAUACAGAGCAGCCUGCCAGGUGGCAGGGGUGGAGUUGCCCGCCUGGCAGAACAACACAGCCUGCGCUGUCAUCCCAAACACGACCCCUCCUCCAACAAGCACACCCCUAACUCCCGCUCCAACACCUGAUCAAACUCUUUGCGCUUUAAACUGCAACUUUGACAGCCAUGUGUGUGGCUGGCAGCAACUCAUACAGGACAGCUUUGAUUGGACCAGACAGUCUGGCCCGACACCGUCCUUCUCUACCGGCCCAAAUGAAGACCACACCGGAGAGGGCUACUAUAUGUAUAUUGAGGGUGACGGUAUGACUCAUGGAAACUCAGCCCGUCUGCUCAGCGCCCAGUGCAACUACAGAGGCCCUCUGUGCUUGCAGUUCUGGUACCAUAUGCAUGGCUCGGCCUCAGCCAUGGCUCUCAACAUCUACCACCUCCACGCAGUACAGGCAGAGAAGGUUUGGUCCAUGGUCAAUGACCAGGGGUCUGAGUGGCAUCAAGCGUUUGUCGAUAUCAAAGAAAAAGGCACAUUCCAGAUCAUAAUAGAGGCGAUCCGAGGAUCUACUGCUCUGUCGGAUGUUGCUAUAGAUGACAUUUCAAUCCAAUUUGGUUCCUGCUCAAAUGGUUCCCCUGCAAUGCUCAGCGGAAGUUCAUUAGUUCCUCAAACACGCAGAGAACCGUUACUUUCACGCCCUGUGUGCAGCCUGGACUGUAGCUUCAACGGCAAUCUUUGUGGCUGGAGCCAGGCGAUGACGGACGCUUUUGAUUGGACGAUGGAGCGUGGCUCCACCCCCACUCUGAUGACAGGGCCUUCAGCUGACCACACAGGAGACGGCCACUACCUGUACAUCGAGGCCAACAGUGCAACGUAUGGCGACACGGCGCGUCUCCUGAGCUCUGAGUGUUCCCUCGCGGGUCCUCAAUGCCUGCGCUUCUGGUACCACAUGUACGGCUCAGCCGAUACCAUGGGCCUCCAUGUGUACCUGCUCCAGGACAGACUGGCCGAGGCAGUUUGGUGGAAAAGAAACGACCAAGGAGACGUAUGGAAAGAGGCUAUGGUAGAGCUCACGGCAACUGGGACUUUCCAGAUCAUCUUUGAAGGGCGCAGAGGUUCCAAUGAUCAGUCUGAUGUGGCAAUAGACGAUGUGAAGCUCUAUCAUGGUCUAUGCUCUGAUCUGACGGCCGCACUACCCUCAUCCCCACAACCCAAUACAUCAAUCACAACACAGGGAGAUUCAGCCCCUUCAACUGCUGCUCCACUACCACCGACGGGUGAUGUUACCGCCCAUACCACUGUUACAGUACUGCCAUCUGUUACAUCUGAGGUCCCAGCAAUGACUACCACUACUACUACUGCACCUCUGCAGGAAACACAUCCUGUAUGUAAAAUGAAUUGCGAUUUUGAACAAGACCUCUGUGAGUGGAAUCAGAUGGUUACUGAUGUUUUUGAUUGGACACGACACAAUGGCUCCUCCCCAACCAUCAGGACCGGGCCCUCUUCUGACCACAUGGCUGGAGGAGGCCACUACCUGUACAUCGAGGCCAACAGUGCAACGUAUGGCGACACGGCGCGUCUCCUGAGCUCUGAGUGUUCCCACACGGGUCCUCAAUGCCUGCGCUUCUGGUACCACAUGUAUGGCUCAGCCGAUACCAUGGGCCUCCAUGUGUACCUGCUCCAGGACAGACUGGCCAAUUCAGUUUGGGGGAAAAGAAACGACCAAGGAGACGUUUGGAAAGAGGCUAUGGUAGACCUCACAACAGAUGGCCCUUUCCGGAUCAUAUUUGAGGGGCGCCGGGGUUCCAAUGAUCAGUCUGAUGCUGCCAUAGACGAUGUGUCUCUUCGUCCCGGUCAUUGUGCAGAUAUUGUCACGCCAACAACCUCUCUGCCAGCAACCACCAGUACAAGUGGACCAGAAAUCUCAACAACAGCAGAAGAGUUAACACCAUCAGAACAACCUCAACCACAAACAACACUGAGGCCACAACCUAACCCUAACCCUACUUUGCCCCCACCUGAAACUACAGUACCACCAAAACCUCCAACCACAGAAGGACCACAACCUCCAACCACAGAAGGAGUACCAAACCCAACUACAGCAAGACCCCAACCUCAAACUACCGAAGGAGUACCACACCCAACUACAGCAAGACCCCAACCUCCAACUACCGAAGGAGUACCACACCCAACUACAGCAAGACCCCAACCUCAAACUACCGAAGGAGAACCACACCCAACUACAGCAAGACCCCAACCUCCAACUACCGAAGGAGUACCACACCCAACUACAGCAAGACCCCAACCUCCAACUACCGAAGGAGUACCACACCCAACUACAGCAAGACCCCAACCUCCAACUACCGAAGGAGUACCACACCCAACUACAGCAAGACCCCAACCUGAAACUACUGAAGGAGUACCACAUCCAACUACAGCAAGACCCCAACCUACAACUACAGAAGGAGCACCACACCCAACUACAGCAAGACCCCAACCUCCAACUACCGAAGGAGUACCACGCCCAACUACAGCAAGACCCCAACCUCAAACUACAGAAGGAGUGCCACACCCAACCACAGAAGGAGUAUCACACCCAACUACAGCAAGACCCCAACCUCAAACUACAGAAGGAGUACCACACCCAACUACAGCAAGACCCCAACCUCAAACUACAGAAGGAGUACCACGCCCAACUACAGCAAGACCCCAACCUCAAACUACCGAAGGAGUACCACACCCAACUACAGCAAGACCCCAACCUCCAACUACCGAAGGAGUACCACACCCAACUACAGCAAGACCCCAACCUCAAACUACAGAAGAAGUGCCACACCCAACCACAGAAGGAGUACCACGCCCAACUACAGCAAGACCACAACCUCAAACUACAGGAGUACCACACCCAACUACAGCAAGACCCCAACCUCCAACUACAGAAGGAGUACCAUACCCAACUACAGCAAGACCACUACCUCAAACUACAGAAGGAGUCCCACACCCAACUACAGCAAGACCCCAACCUCCAACUACCGAAGGAGUACCACGCCCAACUACAGCAAGACCCCAACCUCAAACUACAGAAGGAGUGCCACACCCAACUACAGCAAGACCCCAACCUCAAACUACAGAAGGAGUACCACGCCCAACUACAGCAAGACCACGACCUCAAACUACAGAAGGAGUACCACACCCAACUACAGCAAGACCCCAACCUCAAACUACAGAAGAAGUGCCACACCCAACCACAGAAGGAGUACCACGCCCAACUACAGCAAGACCACAACCUCAAACUACAGGAGUAUCACACCCAACUACAGCAAGACCCCAACCUCAAACUACAGAAGGAGUACCACACCCAACUACAGCAAGACCCCAACCUCAAACUACAGAAGGAGUACCACGCCCAACUACAGCAAGACCCCAACCUCAAACUACCGAAGGAGUACCACACCCAACUACAGCAAGACCCCAACCUCCAACUACCGAAGGAGUACCACACCCAACUACAGCAAGACCCCAACCUCAAACUACAGAAGAAGUGCCACACCCAACCACAGAAGGAGUACCACGCCCAACUACAGCAAGACCACAACCUCAAACUACAGGAGUACCACACCCAACUACAGCAAGACCCCAACCUCCAACUACAGAAGGAGUACCAUACCCAACUACAGCAAGACCACUACCUCAAACUACAGAAGGAGUCCCACACCCAACUACAGCAAGACCCCAACCUCCAACUACCGAAGGAGUACCACGCCCAACUACAGCAAGACCCCAACCUCAAACUACAGAAGGAGUGCCACACCCAACUACAGCAAGACCCCAACCUCAAACUACAGAAGGAGUACCACGCCCAACUACAGCAAGACCACGACCUCAAACUACAGAAGGAGUACCACACCCAACUACAGCAAGACCCCAACCUCAAACUACAGAAGAAGUGCCACACCCAACCACAGAAGGAGUACCACGCCCAACUACAGCAAGACCACAACCUCAAACUACAGGAGUACCACACCCAACUACAGCAAGACCCCAACCUCAAACUACCGAAGGAGUACCACACCCAACUACAGCAAGACCCCAACCUCCAACUACCGAAGGAGUACCACACCCAACUACAGCAAGACCACAACCUCCAACCACAGAAGGAGUACCACAUCCAACUACAGAAGGAGUACCACACCCAACUACAGCAAGACCACAACCUCCAACCACAGAAGGAGUACCACGCCCAACUACAGCAAGACCCCAACCUCAAACAACCACGACUCUUCCCCUGACCCCAACUAAGCCAGUGCGACCAACUACUGAGCGUCCACAGCAGUCAACUACCUUUAAACCAACGCCCUCUUGCCCAAAGAACAGCCAGCACACCCCUUGCAUGUCCCCCUGCCAGCCAACAUGUACCCGCCCUCAGGGGCCCCCUGGCUGCAGGCGGACCAGUCCCUGUAAGCAGGGGUGCGUGUGUGACGCCGGGUACGUACUCAAAUGGAACGCCGCCUGCGUGCCAAUCCGGCAGUGUGGCUGCGUGGACCGGGAUGGCAGCGUACACAAUUUUAACGACAAGUGGUACACUGCGCACUGCAGGCAGAAAUGUGAAUGCAAAAAAGAUGACAGGGUAGGAGAAGUCGACUGUGACGACGAAGAUGAGUGUGACGGUGAUGGGGUUUGUCUUCCAAACACUUCGGGCCAGUACAAGUGCCUUUCCACAGAUUUCAAGGAGUGCACCAUCAAGGGGGACCCAGAGUACCGAACCUUUGAUGAUCGGAAGCACAAGUUCAGGGGGGACCACUCGUACGUUCUGGCUCAGACGACCAGCCAAUCACGAACCCUCCCAGGGUUCUACGUAGAAGGCAUCAACACACAUGACGAGGGUGACGGCGACCACAGUGAGGAUUCCGAUGAGAGGAGCAGUGAAGAGCAUCACCACAGCAACAGAGAAAGGGACGAAGACAGUGAUGAAGACGAUGAAGACUAUGAUGAUGACAGCGAAGAAAACAACAGGCGCCACAGGCUGAGAGAGAUGAAGAUCAGAGUCUACAACCACACGGUCGAGUUUAAGAGGAACGGCGUGCUGGUGGUGGACGGCUGGGUCUCUCACCCGCCCAUCUCCCCUAGCGGAGGGCUCAGCAUCAGGAAGCACUCCUCCCGACUCUACCUGAAUACAGACUUCGGCCUAUCGGUGACGUUUGAUGGACACAGCCAAGCCGCAGAGAUCAUCUUACCACACAUCUAUCGGAGGAAGGUGGCGGGUCUGUGUGGGAACUUUGACGGCAAGAAGAAGAACGACUUCAUGAAGCCGGACGGUCGGCAGGCCAGGGACGAGCAGGAGUUCGGUCAGAGCUGGAGGGUGACCGGCGACCCUCUUAGAAUCAGAGGGAGGUGAUCCACUUCCUGACCCAGCUAGUUCAAGGGUUGAACUGGCCAGAGUAAAGCGGUUAUUAUCCGUCUCCAGAGACCUCUUCACGGGUUACCUUCACAAUUCCAUCAACCAUCUUAAUUGAACAGAGGUCGAACCAAAUCUCCUGCCUCUAGUAUAACUACUCCUUAAUCGACUCAAGUACUACAAAUACUACUUAGUAAUGAACACGGGUUACUAAAACAACAAAAAGUGUUCUGACUACUACCAUACAACUUGAUUUCGUUUGAAUUGCUGUGAACACAAAUUGCAAAGGAUUUGGUUGCUGUGAAAUAGCAUACAUUUUCACAUAUUGCCAAUGUUCUCAUGUACUUUGCAGUGAGUUUUAUAUAUUUUCUGUUUAUAUUCUAUUUGUGCACAUCUGAAAACAAAAAUGAAAGUCCAAAUAUUUUAAAAUUAAAAGGCCUUUGCAAGGCGUUCCUUUCUCUUGCAAAUUAAACAUUCAGCCUGAAGAUCACUCUGAAUCUUUCACAUUCAUGGCAGAAUCUUCAACAUUUGAAGAGGAAAAUAAAACAAUCCCUCCAGUUGUACUCAA